AUGAUGACCAUGAACGGCAAGCAGCAUUUCUCUAUGCACCCGGUGCUGCAGGAGCCCAAAUACUCUGGCCUGCAAGCGAGUUCGGAAGGCAUGCGCAGAGUUUGUCUGCCUGCCCCGCAGGUAUGUUUCUCAGUCAAUUAUUUGAGGCACAACUGUAUGAACAAAUAUCAAUUUAAAACGUUUUAAGUGGUUCAGAAAGGACUUUGUUUUAUCCACUCUCAUACUCGUUAUUUCUCUCUCUCUCUCUCCCUCACAACCCCUCCCUCCCCCUCCCUCUCGUUCUCUCUCAUCCACAUGUCUAUUCAAGCAAAGCUGCUGCUUUCAUAUUAAUGUUUAUGACCUGUGCUUUGAGGAGGGUUCUCCCUGUGCUUAACAUUUAUUUGAAUCCUGAGUUGACAGAAUUCCCUACUGAUUCCAAUAUGCGCACUCUUGCUUCCAGCUCCAGGGCAAUAUCUUCGGUGGCUUUGAUGAGAGUCUACUGGCACGCGCGGAAGCUCUGGCGGCUGCUGACAUAGUCUCUCACGGCAAGAGUCACCAUUUCAAGCCAGACGUGACUUACCAUACCAUGAGUAGUGUCCCCUGCACCUCCAACUCCUCUACCGUGCCCAUCUCCCAUCCUUCCACCCUGACCUCUCACCAACACCACCACCACCUCAACCAGAGCUUGGAAGGGGAUCUCCUGGAUCACAUCUCGUCCAGUCUCUCAGUGAGCGGGAUGGGGGCUCCGGAUUCCUCUAUGAUGACCACGCACCAGCACCACCUCCAGACCAUGGGUCACCUCCACCAGGCUAUGGCCAUGGGUCAUCCGCACUCUCUAUCUGUGCACAACGGAAUGUCGUGUGUCAACGACGUGGAGUCGGAUCCUAGGGAGCUGGAAGCCUUCGCUGAGCGGUUCAAACAAAGGAGGAUAAAGCUCGGAGUGACCCAGGCGGACGUUGGCUCAGCCCUCGCCAACCUGAAGAUACCCGGGGUGGGCUCUCUCAGCCAGAGUACUAUCUGUAGGUUUGAGUCCCUCACCCUCUCUCACAAUAAUAUGAUUGCUCUAAAACCUGUCCUCCAAGCCUGGCUCGAGGAGGCCGAGGCUGCUUACCGGGAGAAAAACAGCAAGCCAGACCUUUUUAAUGGCAACGAAAGGAAACGAAAACGCACUUCGAUAGCCGCACCUGAGAAGCGCUCGUUGGAGGCAUAUUUUGCGAUCCAGCCCCGUCCCUCUUCGGAAAAAAUUGCUGCAAUUGCUGAAAAACUGGACCUUAAAAAGAACGUGGUUCGUGUGUGGUUUUGCAACCAACGGCAAAAACAGAAAAGGAUGAAAUAUUCUGCUGUGCAUUAG